AAGAGUAUAUAUUUCCGGUUAUGUUCCAGAAUCGUCCUGUUGCUUGUUUAUGCACGUUGUUAAGUUGAAAUUUUGUUUGGUGUUCGGUUUUUAUGAUUGAAAUAUGGACAAGCCUCAAAUAAUAGCCCAUAUAGAGAAGUCUUUGAACUAUACACUUUUUGAUACCAAAUGGAUACCUUGCAGUGCAAAGUUUGUUGUCCUGGGUAGUCAUGCUAGAGGAACGGGUGCUUUACAAAUUUAUGAAUUGGCACACGGACAACUGAAUUGUGUAAAAGAAAUAGAAAAGGCAAAAGCAUUGAAAUGUGGGACAUUUGGUGCAUCCAGUAUACAGCAACGAUACCUGGCAACUGGAGAUUUUGAUGGUAGAAUGCAGAUCUGGAAUUUGGAGACCCCUGAGCUACCAGUAUACUCCGUAAAUGGUCAUAAAGAAAUCAUCAACACUAUUGAUGGGGUUGGAGGCCUUGGAAUUGGAGAGGGUGCUCCAGAAAUAGUUACAGGAAGCAGAGAUGGGGCAGUAAAAGUAUGGGAUCCUCGUCAGAAAAAUGAUCCUGUUGCCACAAUGGAACCAAGUGAUGGAGAGACCAAGAGGGACUGUUGGGCUGUAGCAUUUGGCCAUGCGUACAACAAACAUGACAGAUGUGUCGCAGCAGGAUAUGAUAAUGGUGAUAUCAAAUUGUUUGAUCUGCGAAACAUGUCUCUUCGAUGGGAAACCAACAUCAAGAAUGGAGUGUGUGGACUCGAGUUUGACAGAAAAGACAUCAGUAUGAAUAAGUUAGUUGCUACAUCUCUGGAAGCGAAGUUUCAGUGUUAUGACAUGAGAACACAACAUCCAACUAAAGGAUUUGCUUCAGUUUCUGAAAAGGCCCACAAAUCAACCACUAUUUGGGGAGCCCGCCAUUUACCUCAGAACAGAGAUGUUUUCAUGACACUGGGAGGAAAUGGCUCAAUGUAUCUCUGGAAAUAUAACUACCCCUCACAGAGAGUGAAGCAGGAUGAGAAUAAACAGGACAUGGGUGUGGCAGGAACUCUUAGUCUGUUGCAGAAUGUGACUUUAUCUACCCAGCCAAUCAAUGCCUUUGACUGGAGCCCUGACAAGGAGGGACUAUGUGUGUGCUCAGCAUUUGACCAAACUAUUAGAGUUCUCAUUGUGACAAAGUUAAACAGGAUCUGAUCUGUGAUUUUUAAGCAUGGAAUCUCUUGUGUCAUUGUUCAAGAUGUGUUCCCGUGUGAUGCAACUCCAACUGUUUUCAAAAGAGGAAAAGUGGUCCUUCAAUUUCAAAAUGAAGAAUUUAAAACUACUCUCAUCAAAAUUCCUGUAGGAUUUUAGCAAUGAUUCAAAGAUAUGCAGGAGUACUUAUCCUCUAGUUGUUCAUCAUUGGGAGAUUUCUGAAAGACCUGUUAGUAUACAGUGUAAACUGUCAUGCAGAUCCAAAUCAGCAACUUUAUCAUAUACUCAACACCGACACUUUACAUUGCAAAACGUCACCCAAUUACAUUGAAUAUCACGUAUCUACACUAAACACUAAAUCGUCUUUAGUAGGUAUGUGAUUUGUAAGAUGUGUAAUAUCGUUUUGCAUUGUCAAUUGCCUUUGGCCCAAUCUUUUCCCAUUUUCAUUGAAAAGAUAGAUAAAAAAUACAUUAUGAAUAUUUAAUCUAUUGACCAGUUCUGCAUUGCAUAAAUAAAUUAUUGAAUAAUAUGAA